AUGGCUCAGCCCCGAGCUCAAGCCCAAGCUCAAGCCCAAGCUCAAGCUCAAUCGAACAAUGCAAGUCACAUUCACAUUCAACCAGGAACAUUCCAAUCACUCCUUCCUUUACUAGAUGACAUAUUAAGUAUAAUACAUGAUCAAGCUACUUGUUCGGAAAAAACAAGUACAGCUCAAGCUGGAGAGAGUGUAGCGUCUAAAGCCAAAGAACUAGCGACCACCAUAGAGAAUAUGAAACUCGCUACAUUGAACCUUCCAGGUGGGGAAUUAUCGAUUCACGAGUUGAAACGAUUGAGUGAUAGAUUAGAUGAAGAAGGUGAUAAGAGGAGACGGAUACUAUCAGCUUUUGAAACGCGUCAAAUGCCUCUACUUGAUCGACUGGGCGAUCAAACCUCAUCAUCCAUAGACAUAGACGAAGGAGGAAGUGUGAUGCCUAGUCCAGCAUGA